GCGCAGUCGCUGCUGCGGCGGCGGCGGCAGGGAUAGCGGGGCUUCCCGGGCAAGGCCUGGGCGGCCCGGGGCUGGGGCCCGGGGCUGGGAUGGGGCCGGCGGCGAUGCCUGUGUCCGCCGCUGGCAUGGGGCCGAGCAUACUCGGGCCGGGGGCGCCGGGGGCCGGGGGCGGGGGCGGCGGCGCCGCCACCGCGGGGGUGUCGCCGUACAGCCCCUAUGGCCCCAACGCGGUGCCGACGGUGGCGCCGCCGGCCAUGUCGCCGGGCUUGCCGGUGGCGCCGCCGCCGCAGCGCGUCAACGGCCACUACGUCUACACGCCGCCGCAGCCCCAGCAGCACACGCCGCCGGUGACCCACAUCGGCGGCAGCGUGGCGGCGGGCUUGGGGAUAGGCAUGGCGCCGGGGGCGCGGCCCGGCGCCGCGGCAGCGCCGCCGCCGCCGCCGGCUCCGCCGCCCGGCAGCGUGUACCCCAUGCUGGGGCCCUACAGCGGCAACACGGUAGGGUCCAACCCGGCGCGUCAGGAGCGGCUGCGGGAACUUCGGACCAAGUACGACCGCGACCGGCUGCGAGAGCUGCGGGCGCGCUUCGGCUGGGUGCGGGAGGGGCGAGAGGACGGCACUGGCGGCAGCCUGGGCGGCGGCGCAGCCGCUGCUGGCGGCGGAGGCGGCGGAGGCUACGCCGCCGGCGGCGGAUUCGCCGCGGCCGGCGGCUCGGUGGCUCUUGGCGGCGCGGGCCGCACCGCCGGAGGCGGCUAUAGCUUGGGGCGGGGGCGCAGCUCGAGCGCGAGCGGCGGCAAGUCGCGCGGCGACAAGUCGCGUGGCGAGGGGCGCGGCGAGGAGCGGGAGCGGGACCGGCGGAAAGAGCUGAUUGAGGAGUCCGACUACAUGAGCCGGCUGGACGACUCGGAGGAGGACCUGCAGGAGGCGCAGGACGCGCUGGAGGAGAUGGUGGAGGAGGAGGAGGAGGAGGCGGAGCUGGAGGAGGUGGAGGACCUGCUCGAGUUCUACCUGCAGCGGGCCUCCGCGCUGCAGUCGGAGGCGGAGAGGAUGCUGGCGGGCGCACGUGACCUGGAGGAGAGCAUCGGCGUGUCGCUCAGCGCGAGGAGAUACGAGGUGAACCGGCUGGAGCUGAUGCUGUCCAUCGGCUCCUUCGCCGCCGCCAUCGGCGCCAUGCUGGCGGGCAUCUUCGGAAUGAACAUGCGCAGCAACCUGGAGCACAGCAUGCUCAGCUUCUGGGGCAUAUCCGGCGCCAUCGUGCUGGGCUGCGCAUGGAUAUUCUUCGCGGUGAUGCGCUACACGCGCAGCAAGCGCAUCCUGUAGCCGCGGCAGGGCAAGGCGCGGCAAGGUCAGGCAAGGCGCAAUCCUGCAGGCGGCACGGAGGAGCAGAAGGGCGGGCAGAGGCAGUGGUGGUGGAGGAGUCAGCGGAGGCGCGUUCAGUGUGGAGCUGUCGCCGCACACAGACCAUAUCGAAAGCGGUUGUGGAACUCUGUGGCAACCGGUGUUGUUCGCUACGUGCCCAGCACGCUGCUGUGUGCGCCGGGCUGCGGCCAUGCGCAGCAGCAGUGGCCCGUCGGCGUCUUUCGAAUGCAGCGACUGUUGCAGCGGCUGCUCGCGAUGUACACAAUGCCGUGCCGUGAGGAGGGCGUCAGCAGCCCAGCCCAGCGCAGCGGAUGUUUCGAGGUACGUGCCUGAGGCACUUGCUGGUGGCCCGGACGGGCGAGGCACGCCGGGAUGGAAACACAACAGGCCAUCCGGGGCCCUGGCGGGGACUCAGGUGGUGCGGGUGCACGUGUGUCUGUCGCACGAUGAGUCCACGUGCGCGCGUCUCACGUCACGGUGGGUCAAUUUGUGCUCGUUUGCAACCUGUGUUGAGGAGGCGCUUCGUAUCAACCAAUACUGUGUCAAGGGUCGCCUGAGGGCAUGCAGCAAGGUGUGUGUGUGUGUGUGUGUGUGUGUGUGUGUGUGUGUGUGCGUGUGUGCGUGUGUGCGUGUGUGUGUGUGUGUGUCGGGGGGUCAUGAAAGGCGAGUGUGUGUGUGUGUGUGUGUAUGUGUGUGUGUGUAUGUGAGUUGUGAGCGCAACAUAAUGUGAAGUAACAUGCGGGUGUGUGUGCACCGGUUUGAGCGCGGUGGGGAGUCGUUGUGGGCCGUCUUGCGAGCUCCGGAAGGCAUCAGUGCGCUGCACAGGUGGCGAAGAAGCACAGCUGGGUGUCAAGCCAAGGGAGCUCCCUGUGUGCGUGGGAGUGUGUGUGUGUGUGUGUGUGUGUGUGUGUGCGUGUGAAAAAACGAAACGAAGGCUGUGUGAGUGCUGCGUUGUGUGUGAAAGCGAGGCGAAGCGUGUGCACAGUACCGUUGGUUGUGCCAUGGUGGCACUUAGGGGCUUGGUGUGUUCCUGUUACUGAGAUCCUGCCAUGGUGGUAAGUGCGCGCUCUGGUGCGCGCGAGUGCCGAUGGGUAAUAAUAAAAUGGUACAACUCAAUAUUUGGUGCUUCUUUAAUGUGUGUUUUUGUGUGCGCGGUGUUCUGGCGAGUGGGCGGGUGCGAGCGGCAGCAGCCCAAAGGCCCGUGGCCGCCGCGGCGCAUGUGUACAAUAACCUGAUACACAGAGGGAGGCGUUGCUCCUUAAUGCAGGAGGGUUUACAGCUGACGCAAAUGGGACAGAAUGUGUCAAACACUAGAGGCUGUUAGUUUCGGCGGCUGAGUGUUGCUGGGCUAUGCUCAGAUGGCUGGGAGAGUGCAGGUACCGUGUACGGGAGUAGCGGGUAGCAGUUCCUGAUUGGGCGCAGCACGAGCGGUGGCACAGGUGGUGAUAACUUGGAGGCGCUGUGCGUGUGCGUGUCGGCUCGUGGUUUGCUCGGAUGUACGACAUCACUGGGGCGGACAUACACUACAACGGGUGCAACCCUUGCGCAGCCCCCCAACCUGCUCAGGGGCGGUGGGCGCAAGUCCGGCACCAGGGCUCCCCAGAUGGAGACUAGAAAGCUAGACACGUGGCCACUGCAGGCUUUGGCUUGUGCAAGGGGCAGGAGCUGAGUGUGGAAGUGCAGCAUAUACAUAGUACCGCAGGACAUGGAAGUAAUCGAGUUUGUGUGGUGCAGGCGGCAGGGCGCGGGAACGGACCCAUGCGUGCGAUUUUGAGGUUAUACAGAGUCGGUUACGCAACACACGGAAUCAUUGCAUGGCCCGAUUCUCCGCCGCUGCCGCUUGGUUGGCCGUUGUAUUGUUGUAACGGUUGGGUGCUGAGCCACACCAGUGCAUCGCGAGCUCCCAGGUAUGAUGGCCUGCACUUCAUGAAUGCGAUGUUACAGGGAACUUCAUGAAGAGGUAACCCGACCAACAGAGCUGCACCGCACCCGGCUUACCGAUACGGAAUCUGACAUCAGUUUCAACGGCAGGGAUGCAUAACUGGCGUGUGUUAGCUAAGAGAAAUGUAAGCUAGUGUGAAU